AUGGCCGAUUCAGCCCACACUAUGGCUGUCGCCAAGGACGACCGCCAAGCGAAGAUGAGACUCGCAGAAGCCGAGCAAACCUACGGACGAGGCAAAGGCGUCAAUGCGAAGAGUGCGCGGGACAAGAAGUUGCGCGCAAACCUCAAGAGACAAGAAUUUAAGCACAAGGAGGCCGUUCUUCAAGCGAAGGAUGCAGAGAUUCUGCUCGAACACUCAGAGGGAUUCCUCGAACCCGAAGGUGAACUCGAGCGGACAUACAAGGUCCGCCAAGAUGAGAUUCGGGAAAGCGUCGGAAUCGAGACAGCAAAGAAGGGAUUCGAAUUGAAGCUUCCAGAUAUGGGCCCCUACCGUAUGGACUACUCGCGGAACGGACGUGACCUGCUGCUGGCCGGAAGAAAGGGACAUGUUGCGACGAUGGACUGGCGCGAGGGCAAAUUGGGCUGCGAGUUGCAGUUAAAUGAGACUGUUCGAGAUGCCCGCUGGCUGCAUAACAACCAGUUCUUUGCCGUGGCACAGAAGAAGCACACUUAUAUCUACGAUCACCAGGGAACUGAGAUUCACUGCUUGAACAAGCACGUGGAACCGCUGUUCCUGGAGUUCCUGCCAUAUCAUUUCCUUCUUGCAAGCGCUCAAAUGAGCGGACAUCUCAAAUACACCGAUACCUCUACUGGCCAGACCGUUGCUGAGCUGCCUACACGGUUGGGUAAACCAACUGCUCUCGCCCAAAACCCAUGGAAUGCCAUCCUCCAUGUCGGACACCAGAAUGGAACAGUAACUCUCUGGUCACCCAACUCUCAGACUCAUCUUGUAAAGGCACUUGUGCACCAGGGACCUGUUCGGUCAUUGGCAAUUGAUCGCCAAGGCCGGUACAUGGUCUCCACAGGCCAGGACCAAAAGAUGAACGUGUGGGAUAUCCGUAUGUACCGCGAGGUGCACUCAUACUCAUGCUACCAGCCCGGUGCAUCUGUAGCCAUCAGUGACCGCGGCCUGACCGCAGUCGGCUGGGGCACCCAAAUGAGCGUAUGGCGAGGUCUCUUCGACGCAGCCGCAGCCGAUCAAGGCAAAGUGCAGAGCCCAUACAUGGCCUGGGGUGGCGAUGGCCAGCGCAUCGAGAACGUGCGCUGGUGCCCUUACGAGGAUGUUCUUGGUGUAGGACACGACCAAGGAUUCGCCAGCGUCAUCGUUCCCGGUGCAGGCGAGCCCAACUUCGAUUCAUUGGAAGCCAACCCCUACGAGAACGUACGACAGCGCCAAGAGCACGAGGUUCACUCGCUGCUCACCAAGUUGCAGCCGGAUAUGAUCUCUCUCGAUCCCAACAUUAUCGGAAAGCUCGAUACUGUCAACGACCAGAAGUACCAGGAGCAGCGCAACCCAGACCGUCAGCCCGAAGAUCAGAUGGAGAAGAUCAAGAAUCGGGGUCGUGGUCGCAACAGUGCUCUGCGCAAGUACCUCCGCAAGAAGGGUGGCAAGAAUGUCAUCGACGAGAAGCGCGUCAAGGCCGAGACGUUGCGCAAAGAGUAUGCCGCUCGUACAAAGGACAAGCUCAAGCAGGAACGUCUGGAUCUGGGACCCGCUCUGUCCCGAUUCGCCAAAUGA